AUGGUAGGUGAUCAAUGCCAAAAUGAGCACGCAGGUUGUGGCCCCGUAUGUCAAGAAGAAGAAUAUGCGCAUGAACCAGACGAAGAAGGGUUGCCGCUGGUACAAUGCGAUGAGACGCAACGUAAAGAGCCCUAUAGAACGCAAGGAACGGAGAGGGAAGAGAUCAGAGAUGGUACUAAGCAUGGAAGCAGUGGCCAGCACUACCCAAAUGCGACAACUAGAUAUCAAGGGAACCCGAGAUAUUGGAGACAUAAGGACGAUAAUCUUACCAUACGUGGCGAAAAUGAUAAAAACGAGAGUGACUAUCCGGAUCUGUGA